UUCAUACUAUAAGAAUAAGGCGAAUAAUGAUGAAAAUUAUUAAGAUGUUGGAAGAGAAUCGUAAUCAAAAUGAAGGAAAUGAUCAUCAUGAUCAUCAUGUUAAUGACGUUGAUAAUUAUUUUAAUGACGAUGAUAAUCAUAAUAAUGACAAUGAUAAUCAUAAUGAUGAUAACAAUCAUAAUAAUUACAAUGAUAAUCAUGUUAACAAUAACAAUGAUAAUCAUGAUGAUGAAAAUGCUAAUCGUGUAAACGCUCAUGAUGAUGAUCAAGUUGAAAAUGAAAAAACAAACACAAAAGCAGAUAAUAACCAAAAUCACAGCGGCGGUAAUUUAACAAAAGCGUACGUUUCAUUUCCACUUUUGUUUACGAUGUAUAUAUGUUUAUAGUAUGUACAUUUGUAUUAAAUACUAUUUUCGGCGCUCUAAAUCUCUUAAUUUCUUUUUAAUAUUAUUAUGCUAUCUUUUUUACAAAUAAAUAAAAUUUUACAUAUGUAUGUAUAUCAACGGGCCUGUUAUGUUAACAUUAUUUAUUAUUUUCACGAGCAUUAUACGAUAUUUUUUUCUUUAAUUUAGAAAAGUUUAAAGUUUAAAAUGAAACUGUCAAUUUCAUUUUGAAGAAAUAAAAAAAAAUAAAUAAAACAU